AAUGACCAGGUGUUACAAUGAUAACCAAACAUGGAACUCUGUCACUGCAUCUGACGUCAUCCCAUUGAAGUUGGUGCACUUGUUAUCAUCCAAUAUAGUUGCUGUGACCUUAUGUAUAGAUACGUUUUAUGUAAUUAUCCGUAGACCCCUGUACAUGAAGUAAAAAAUGAAGUAUACUAAUUGUCAUAUGAUUGAGAUGAUGCUUUUCAGUUAUUAUGAACCGGUCUACACAACUCACAUCUAACUACAUUCCCAGCCUCUUUCUAGUCAAACAAGCUUCUUGAGUGAUACCGUACGGUUUUCAUAUGUAACAGACAGGAAUGUAAUGUCCUAUACGCUAUAGAGUAUGCCUAAUCGCUUUUUCCUAUUCUGCAUCGUAAGUUUGCUCAAGCUAUGUGAUGGAUCUUUAUUGCAUCGCUAAAGAUUCUUCUAAUGAAAACCCAUUUGAACUUAGUCCUAAUCACUAUGUGCAUUUUCUAUCUCCAACGACCAUAUUUACACAUUUGAUGUUUCUAAGUCUCUGUCUGCCCAAUGUACAAAUGUUUUCUCAAUUCUUUGACACAAGCAGUAAAUUCGCUACUAUGACAAAAUCUCACGUCACAGUUGUUGGCUCACUCAACGUUGACCUAUCUGUAUUCACGAGUAUUAUUCCAAAGCUAGGAGAGACAGUAACUGGUUCGAGUUUUCUUCUUGGUUACGGGGGUAAAGGGGCGAAUCAGUGUGUGGCUUCCAGAGUACUGGGAUGCAACACUGCACUAAUAGGAAAAGUUGGAGAUGACUACUUUGGUGAAAUGUUUGUUCAGCACUUAAAACAACUUGGAGUGAACACUGACGGUAUAUCAAGAACAUCAAUGAAUAGUACUGGAGUUGCAUCGAUUACAGUUGAAACAAGAACAGGUGGAAAUCAAAUUAUCAUCGUCCCAGGUGCAAAUAUGCUUGUAUCAGAAAAAGACAUUUCUUUUGCAGAGAAACUAGCCCUCUUGGAUACAAAAGUAAUCGUUUGUCAGUUUGAAAUCAAUCCAACAGCAACACUCUAUAGUUUGAGGCUUGGCCGUGCUAAAGGUGUAAAGACAAUUUUAAAUCCUGCACCUGGGCCAGUGGCUUCUGGAAAUCCUGAGGAGUUGGGGAAUUACGAAUUAAUGGAAGAUAUUUUGUCAAACUGUGAUUUCGUAUGUCCAAAUGAGUCUGAAUUUUGUUCUAUAACUGCGUCCGAUUCUGAAUCCCUUUUUUCCAAAGAUGAGAUUGGCUCACUGAAUAUAGAUGCUUUUAUUCCUGGUCUUACCUGUUUGCUUAAAAAGAAGAUCAAAUACCCCAUAGUAACUCUAGGAAGUAAAGGAGUUAUUGCAAUUUUAUCUGAACAAGAUAUGGAAAAUAUAUAUGCCAAAGACGCUAGCGAAGUGGCUCGUAUUACUUUUGAUAACCAAAAGAAGUUGGUAGUGCACUUUUCAGCACCAAGUAAAAUUGAUGUAGUUGAUACAACAGGAGCAGGAGACUGUUUUGUUGGCUCACUAGCUUACUUCGUCGCAUGUCACGAGGACAUUACUCUAGCUGAACAAAUAAGACGAUCGGUUUGGGUUGCCAGCCAGUCAAUCCGUAAAAAAGGGACGCAAUCUAGUUACCUGAAACGUGAUGAACUUCCUGAUACACUCUUUACAUUAGAAACAUUUCAGUGGCCAUAGUAGCUAAAAUCAAUAACUUUUUUCCAAUAUUGUUUGUUUUUUAAAAUACUUGGUAUGUCCUAUAUCCCAACUUAAAGAAAUAUAAAAGAUAAUUUACACUGAAA